AUGGCAGAACCAAAUUUCAAAGGGAAGACGAUGAAGAGGAAGAAUGUCAAGGGUCUCGCUCUCAGCGCUCCACCACCCAAGCCAGCACCUUCGGCUGGUGAUGCCCAAAUACCCGGUGCCCGCGCCAACGACGAGAAGCAGGACACGCUGGAAAUCGGUGUUGAAUUCCAGCUAGACCUCAAGGCAGAGGAUUUGAUAGUGCUGCGGGAACUGGGCUCAGGAAACGGAGGAACAGUCAGCAAGGUGCAGCACGCUGCCACCAAGGUCAUAAUGGCGAGAAAGGUCAUACAUGUCGAGGCAAAGAACGAGGUCCGGAAACGAAUCGUACGAGAACUCCGUAUCAUGCAUGACUGCAAUUCGGAUUACAUUGUCGACUUUUACGGCGCUUUCCAAAACUCGUCGGGCGAUGUCAUAAUGUGCAUGGAAUACAUGGACGUGGGCUCGCUCGAUUGGGUCUCCCGAACAUUUGGACCGGUUCGAGUCGACGUACUCGGAAAAAUCUCAGAAGCCGUGCUCGGCGGUCUCGCAUACCUAUACAGCGCCCAUCGCAUCAUGCACCGCGAUCUUAAGCCGUCAAACAUUCUCGUAAACUCAAAGGGCAACAUCAAGCUAUGUGAUUUCGGUGUAUCGAGUGAGCUGGAGGGAUCCAUUGCCGAGACGUUCGUAGGAACUGGCACAUACAUGGCACCAGAGCGGAUACAGGGAUCGCCCUACACUGUCAAGUCAGAUGUGUGGAGUGUUGGCCUCACGCUCAUGGAGUUGGCCAUUGGCAAGUUUCCAUUUGCUGGAAGCGGCGACGACGACGAGGCUGGGGGUCCCCAGGGUAUUCUUGACCUUUUGCAACAGAUUGUCUUGGAGCCUUCGCCCAAGCUUCCGAAGAGCGACGCCUUCCCUUCAAUUUUGGAAGACAUGAUUGCCAAGUGUCUGAUGAAGGAUCCAGCGGAGCGACCCACGCCCAAGGAAUUAUACGAUCACGACGCCUUCCUCCAAGCCGCCAAACGCACACCCGUCGACCUAGAAGCCUGGGCCAUUUCCAUGAUCGAACACAACAAGCGCAAAUCCCACCUCGCUCCCGCCGCCCCCGCCGCAACCAUCAAAGAGAAGCUGCGCGAGCGCUCACCCCCUCACAAGCGCGAACCCAGCGAUCCAAGGCAAAGAGUUGCUAACGGAGACGCCGAAGCAGCACCCCGCCGCCCCUCAUAUCCCAGCCGAUCCUCCAGCAGCAACAAUGUCAUGAACUUACCCAUGCGCCCGGCCCCCUCUGUAGACGGCUCCAACAGCAGGCCCGGAAGCAGGGGUCCCUCUGCAAAUGGUCUCCCAGCCCAACCUCGGCGGUGGAAUAACGAAGUUCAAUAA